UGGUUAACUCAUUAGCUCAAAUUUCUAAAAUGCGUUCAUUAGUGUUAGUUCUCUGUUUUGUCGUUUUGGUAGUUGGCAAAACUAAUCCGAGACACACUAUUUCUUGGGAUCAUUUCUGGACACAGGAAGAGAUUGAGGAAUACAUGCACGAACUGGUUGAACACUAUCCAGACAUCGCUACGCUAGAAACCAUUGGAACAUCAACCGAAGGUCGUGACAUCGACGCAAUUCUGGUGUCGUAUGGUACAAACGCUAACAAACCAUUGGUGGUCAUCGAUGCUGGUCUUCGGGCACGUGAAUGGGUUUCCCCAAUGAUGGCCAUGUUCGUGCUCCACGAGUUGGUUGAGCACCCGGAGCAGUUUUCAGAUAUUCUAGCUGAAGUAAACUUUUUAGUAAUUCCACUUGUCAAUCCGGAUGGCUAUGUGUACUCACACGAAACUGACAGAAAUUGGAUCAAGUCCCGCAGCGACAAUGGAAACGGGUGCUACGGUGUUGAUUUGAAUCGUAAUUUUGAUUACCAAUGGGGUACCGUUGGAGUUAGCUCGGAUCCUUGCGCUGACAAUUUUGCUGGAUCAGCAGCUUUAUCGGAGCCAGAAACUCAAGCCAUACGAGAUACGGUCAGUCGUUAUGCAACGAACUUGAAACUCUAUCUUAGCGUCCAGGCAGCCUCUAAGAAGGUGUUGUAUCCCUUCUCGUACAAUGGGCAGCGUACUCCGAGUAACGCUGCUGAGCACAGUACUGUUGCGCAAAUGGUAGCUCGAACAAUGAUGGGACAGCAUGGAUACAUCUAUACUUACGGCCCUGCCGGUAUGCUGUUGCCGGUAGAAUCUGGAACCGUCACAGAUUUCGUGUCCGGAACCUAUACACCACAGUACACCUUUGUGCUGGAAACUCGUGGUGGUACUGAUAACGAGUACGAACUGCCAGAGGACAAACUAUCUGAAGUUCUGUAUGAAACGGCGGCAGGUUUAAAGGUAUUGGGAGAAUAUGUUGCCGGCAUUCGUAGUGUUUAGAAAUAUGAGACGCUUAGUUUAGCUCUUAAUAACUGAAAUAUCUUAGGCACAUAUUAUACAACAAAUAUACUCUAUUCAC